AUGGAACCGCAGUCAGAGUCCAACACUCCCAGCCCUGAAGCCCCAGCAGCACCACCACCUCCGUUGCAACAAGCCCUGAUUGCCGCGGUUGAACAUAAUCAAAGCGCAGAAAAUAUUGACACGGGUGACAUUGAAAACACAGCUCCCGCUGAAGGCACAGCUAUUAUUGAAGCUUCAGCGGCUAUCGAAAACAAAACCGCUAUUAUUGAAGCCUCAACGGCUAUUGAAGCCACCGAAGCCGCCCCGUCCAGCACUCCUCGAGGCGACUCCGUCGGAACAGCUGGAGACGAUGGCGGACUUAAUGCCGACACGGCAGCUAACGCUAAUCGCGGACAUUGGAGAGAGGACGAGGUCAUCGAACUCGUUAAAGCCCACGUGGAGCUGGACCCGGAAUACCACAUCAUGCGGGGAGUUCAAGGCUCAAACUACUACGGCGAAUUGUACCGCAUUCUGCGGGCGAAAUUCCCCGAUUUCCGUCACACGGAGGGGUCCGUCAAGACAAAGCUGUUCCGCCUGAAAGGACAGUACUUGCAGCUUCGAGACCGGAUCGAGCUGUCCGCGUCUGCUGCUCCCCGGAAUCUACCGGAAUGGUUUGUCUUGCUGGAUACUGUCAUGGCUCGGGAGUCCAGUAGUCGGCAGACUGCGACGGCGGCGAACCAGCAAGGUUCUCGGAUAACGCACCCGUCGACUAACUCAGGUCGUAUGGCAGCCCUGCUCACGAAUGCCGGCCAAGAGAGGAAGCUUCUUUCCGCCGAGACGCCUGCAUAUGCGCUGAGGAUGGGAACCGGUGGGUUUGGUGAGGGAAGGAAGAAGCGGGGAGCAGCAGCAAGAGGAGCAGGGAUGCUGUCAGGGCCUGAAGUAUCCAUUGCUGCGGCUAUGGCUGAAAAGUUUGCAGCUGCAAUGGGCUCUGCGGUGAGAAACGCAUGCUUUCAGUUUGAGGAGCUAACCCGAGAGCUGCUGGAGAAUUCGUGCUCUCAGUUUGAGGAGCUUUCAGCUAGAUUGGCCGAAAAUGCAGCUGCUCAGUUUGAAGAUGUUGCCAGAGAACUGGCAGCUAACUUUGGGGCUAGCCAAGAUGUCAAGAGGCGUAGGAGGUAA